GAAAAGCUGUUUGGUUGGAGGACUCUUCGCCUGAACUUGAGGAGAGGGGGAGAGAGGGAGGGAGGGAGGGAGCUGUGCGCUCUCUUCCCGGCAGAGUGCGUCCCGCUCCACACGCGGCACGGCGCACGCUCCCCGGAGUCUCUCUGCUCGCUGGCAUCGGGCAGGUUUGUCUCCUGGCACCUCCUGGAUAUCGCAAAUGAACAGUUUGACGGACGCCGGCAGACGUUUUUUUCCAGCGCGAGCACCAUCAGCGUGCGCAACAGAAAGCCCCGUUUUCCCUCUUUCCUUGUUGUCUCCACAGUUUCCUGCCCCGGUGCCUUUGGAAUACGAAAACACAGCACGCUUAGCAGCCUGGGCGCGGAACUCUGUUGUCUGGGAGCAAGUGCAGACUUCGAUGGCAGGUGGCCUCGACAGAUGGCGUCCUCCAAUGGCCUGUGUCGGUAUGGGGCCAGGGUGGACUGCUGCUGGGGAUGGACGCGUCACACCUGGGGUCACUGCCAGCCUGUGUGCCAGCCUGCCUGUAAGCAUGGAGAAUGCGUUGGACCCAAUAAGUGCAAGUGCAAUCCCGGCUUCACCGGCAAGACCUGCAAUCAAGAAGAGGAGCUGGACUAUUUAACCCCACCACUGUGGGCCAGUCACCUUCCAAUCUUUCUUCCCGUGGACCAUCAGCCAGUGGGAAUGGUGACGGAGGACCUGAAUGAGUGUGGACUGAAGCCCAGGCCCUGCAAACACAGGUGCAUGAACACGUACGGCAGUUACAAGUGCUACUGCCUAAACGGCUACAUGCUGAUGCCUGAUGGGACCUGUGGAAACGCUCGCACAUGUGCCAUGGCCAACUGCCAGUACGGAUGUGAGGUGCUGAAAGGAGAGGUCCGAUGUCAGUGUCCAUCACCGGGGCUCCAGCUGGCUCCGGAUGGAAGAACCUGUGUCGAUGUGGAUGAAUGUGCUGCAGGGAUCGCGGUGUGUCCCAGGUUCAGGAAAUGCAUAAAUACAUUUGGCAGCUACAUUUGCAAGUGCCACGACGGCUUCGACCUACAAUACAUCAAUGGAAAAUACCAGUGUACAGAUGUGGAUGAGUGCUCUUUAGGUCAGAGCCACUGCAGCAGCUUUGCCACCUGCUACAACACGCCAGGCUCAUACAAGUGCAAAUGCAGAGACGGCUACAGGGGGAUGGGGCACGACUGUAAACCCAUCCCAAAGGUUGUUAUUGAGCCCCCGAGGCCAGGCAAACUGCCUCCAAAUCAUCACAACCACAUCCCGGAUAAGGAUCAAAAGAGGACCACCACCGUCCGCCCACCAGUCACUCAAAAGAGGGGCUUCCCUAUCAUCCAUAAAGCACCAACUACAACAACAACCACCAAAACCCCCUCGCUUCCUCCCAGGAGGAUCACCCCAGCUCCACGCAAGCCAGCAGUUCCCACCCAACGGCCUUUUGUCCCAACCAGAAAGCCGUCAAUACCAACGCGCAAACCCUACGUCCCACCGAGACCCGUGCCUCCCACAAGACAACCGCCACCACCUCCUCCACCACCGGUCACACCAGUGGACAACACCAUCCAGAAGGAGGUCACCAAACAGAGAGGGGAUGUGCACAUCCCUCGGAACCAUGGUCAAAAUACCGUUCUUGACACUGACUUUGACAUCGAGCUUGGCAACACAGCAGAUGAGGCCAAAGAUGACCCAGCAUCGGGUUAUCUGAGCUGCUCCUUUGAUGAUGGUCUCUGUGGUUGGAUCAGGGACAAAGACGGGGACCUGCACUGGGAGACGACGCCCGAUCCAACAGGUGGGCGGUACUUGACAAUUCCCGAAACGGGAAACAAGAGGACUGGACGAGGGGCCCGGCUGGUACUCCCACUCAUCCCGCCCUGGAACGAUGGCAAUCUGUGCCUGUCUUUCCGGCAUAAACUGGCAGGACAUCAUGUGGGAAUGCUUCAAGUUUUUGUGAAGAAGGGAAAACAGUACAGUCCAGCAGUGUGGGGCCGAACAGGGGGUAACGGCUGGAGGCACACCCAAAUCACGUUAUGGGGUACAGGCCUGGAAAGUGUGAUCCUGAAAGGAGAGCGUGGGCGAGGCAGGAGUGGAGAGAUGGCUGUGGAUGACUUCACCUUGAGGAAAGGCUCCUGCAUGGAGGAGCAUAAUUUGAGGAGACUCUGACUGAAAGUAGAGAAAAGGGCAGGAAAAUAAACAAGAGGGAAAAUCAUCUCACAGAGAACUGACUCUUCCGUGACUCUCCCUCCCUCUGCCUGGGCCUUCUCUUACCCCUCUUUCGUCACUCCGGCACUCCUGUGAAGAGUAUCUGAAGACAUUUUGGAUCGGUAGAGCUUUGGUUUUCUCUUACUGUACAUGAAUACAGAGGACUGAACUUAAUUUCAUGGGCAGAUCCUGGCAGUAUCCAGUCCUCGCACCCCACUACCUUUACACUCUGAGCCCUGCAUGCAUCCUACCAGCUUAUCUCGCCCUCCAUUUCUCACAUCGGAAGCCCUUCAGACACAUCAUCUAAAGGCUCCUCCCUCAUUCUUUUCUCUUUUUUCUUUUUAGAAAGAUGUAUUCCUUCGCUUGGAAUUCUUAUUUGCUUUACUUUAAUAUCUUAACAACAAACAAUGUUUGAUGUCAAAACAUUUGUUAAGGGUUGCAUUCUGUGGCUGUUUUGAUUGGGGGACAAACCUCUCUUGUGGUUGGAGAUAAAAAUGAAUACUAAAACUGUACUGUCAAAAAACCUUUAUAAAAAUAUUUUUUCAAAGCUUAAUGUUGACCUACUCUUAAUGUGAGAACAAAAUUUAGAUGAUUUUGAAUGGUGUUUUGUUUGUUAAAGUAAUUAUUUAUUUUGUAAAGUUAUGAAGAUAAAUAUAUGAAUAUGGUCCCAUUCAUUCACUAAGUAGUGAAACAACCAAUCUUGCCAAAAUCAAAAUUGAACCGAAGUCAAUUCAAUUGGCACCUACUUUCCUACUCUGUUCUUUGUCCUUCUGUAUGAGGAAUGUUAAUCUUCGUUAUGUGCAUUCAGCUACCCGUUCUACUGGAGGAAUGACUUUAUGUCGUCAUAGGCAAUAUGAACAUCACAGGCCAGAAUAAAGCCUUUUUUAUGUUACUCCAUUCCACAAGGAUCUCAGCUUUAUAUAAAAAAAUAUCAGCUUUAAAAAAAAAUCCUUUACAUGCAGAAAAACUUUUGGUGUCAUUUGGUUGUAGCAGUAAAGCAUUUCUUUUGGUCCCACUUAAAUUCAAAGAUCUCCUGUUUAGUCAUUCUCUGUCCUGACCUCUAUCCAAAGCCUACUAAACUUACUCAAACUAUCUUCAGAUACUUGAAAGGUGCAUCAGUAAUUGAUUUUUGAGACUCUUAAAUCUACAGUUUCUUUUUAUUGUGCUUUGUUAUAUCAAGUGCAUUUGUUAUACAGGUAAUGAUGCAGCUUUGAAGCUGUCACAAAUGGUAUAAUUGUAAAUGUUGUUGUGUGUACAUACACUAUACAGUCCCAUACGCUGUUUGUUCUAUGUUAUGUAGAUUCAUACAUGGAUAUUAAUCGGAUUGAAGUUGUUGGCAUUUCAGCUUUUAAUUAAAGAAUAAAUACAAAUCUUGUGUUGUUCAAACUUGUUCAAGUUUAAAGUAUGCAAGAAGUGUGUGUGUUCAUGUAUGCCAGUCAUCACUAACACUCACCUGCAGGUCAUCAGGG